UAUCUUAUACCUUACACUGGAUGCUAAUUCUUAUAUAUAAUACAAACUCUUUUAAAGAACUACGAAUGAAGUAUUUAUCAUUCUCUAUAACUCAUUUUUUCAUCUCAUUUCUUAUCCCAUUUUCAAGACCAUAUUUGUGAUAUAGCUGAGUUUGUAAAAUGUAUGAUCAUUUAUAAGGUUCAAAAUCAUCCACCAGAAGAAAAAAAAAUUCAAAAUACGCCGCAGGAGAAUAUGCAAGUUUUUUUAGAACAGUACGGUACCAGGUAUCUCUCAUUUUGAUGAUAUUUGAAAUCUUAAUUGUUGGCCAUAAUAUAAAAGUUUUGAAUUUAUUUGUUUAAUAGCUUAUUUAUUUUGGAUAAAACUUAUCUUUCUUUAAAAAAUAAUUAUUAUGCAUUAUGUGUAUAGUAUUUUAAUCUUUUCUCUACUACCUCCAACUCUGGAAAACAGGUCUCCUUCCCUACCCCUACAUGCAAACUUUCACGUGAAAUGCACGUGCAAAGUUUUAGUAUUUGUAAUUCCACGCGACCCCUUCCCUCCCUCGCAGCCUGCCUUCCCCGCGAUCCCCAGCACUCUUCUCCCUCUCCCCGCAUUCCUCCCUCCCCAAUCGGAACCCAUGUCUCCUCACCGCCUCUCCUCACCGAUCCGAUGCUCCUCCCCUGCUCCCUUAUCUCCAUCCACUUAUUACCCUUCUCCGUUUUCGACCUCCGCUUCUACUCCCUUCCUCUCUCCUCAUCUCAUUUCCUUUCUCUCCCCGCCGUCCCCAUUAAUCUCCCCGCCUCCCCUUCCCGCCUCUCGCUGGACGCCUGCUUCCACCUCUCCUCCCUCCGUUCCUGCCCUUGAAUUCUUAAGCUGAAGGUUACAGAUUAGCCUGUUGUGAUUUACCAAAGCCAGAAGCAGGGGACCCGCGUUGGUGGCGCCGCCUCCUCUCUGAACCAAAUCAGUUUCCAGAAUUCGGAUCUUGGAGCCCAACAUUGUUUCAUCUUGGACGAGAUGGAUCUGUUCCACAGGGCGAGGCUGGUCCGGCUCCGUAGCCACCUCGACAAGUACCUGAUGGCGGAGGACGACCAGGAGAACGUGUGCCAGGACCGCCGAGGCGCCUCCUACAACGCCCGGUGGGCGGUGGAGCUAGUGGAGGGGCCCCACCCCUUGGUGCGCCUCAAGAGCCGGCACGACCUCUACCUCACCGCCUCCAACGAGCCCUUCCUUCUCGGCUGCGCCGGCCGCAAGGUCAUCCAGACCGCGCCCACCCGCCUCGACUCUUCCGUCGAGUGGGAGCCCAUCCGCGAGGGCUUCCAGGUCAUGCUCAAGACCCGCGACGGCCGCUUCCUCCAAGCCAACGGCGGCCUCCCACCGUGGCGCAACUCGGUCAGCCACUACCCCCCUCACUGCUCCAUCGCCCCGACCUGGAUCUUGUGGGACGUCCACAUCCUUGAUAUAACAACCCCCUCGCCCUCCACCUCUCCCUCCGUAGCGUUGGAUCUGCCGCCGGAGCCCGACAGGUGUUCUCAGUCCUCCAGGCCCUCCGAUGUGUCCCUGAGACUGUCCAAAAUAGAGUCAUCUUCUUUUUGGGGCUCACUGCACAAGGUGGAGGGCCGUACCAUCCACUACACUGUUGCAGAUGAUGAUGGCAACUUGGACGAGAGCUUCGAGAGGUCUUCUUUCAUUUUCAAUAAGCUGGGUGUCAAGCAAUUGACACAAAAAUUGGAGGAGGAAACAAAUCUCAGGGAUAUAAUUGUCUGCCACCGGAAUUCGUUGAAUGGGCGGCUUUAUCCUCUUCAUCUGACGCUGCCACCUAAUAAUGCAGCAAUGCAUGUUGUGGUCGUCCGGGCAUCAUCAAGAGAGCAAGCAUCUUUAUCUGCUUCACAUGGAACACUGAUUCUGAGAUGCUCUAUUUCUUGGUUAUUUCACGACCUAUUCUCAGUACCUUUGAUUAUUUGCAAAGGAGUUAAUGUACACUUGAUUGGAUACAUAUUUUGAACCUGUAUGUUAUUAUUUCCAUCUGGCAUAAAGAAUAGGCAGAAUUGUAAUUAAUCUGAUCUUGAGCAUGGCUCAAUUAAAUUUGAGGCAAAGUUGAGAUGUUCAUAAAAAUUGUUCUCGGAACCUGAGGUCUUUGAUUACAUUUGUAGCGAACGCAAUCUUUACAUCCCAAUGUAACGGCUGGAAUUCCUAUUGGUUACUAAAAAUUCAAUCCAUUAGAUUGAUAUCUUUAUUUUUCUCCUGAGAGAACACUAGCUUGAUAUUGUGGUUUCAUUAGUAUGUAUAUUCCUCUGCGUGCAUAUAAAAUCCUAGGUUAUUCGAGCUAAACAUGAGUGAGCUAAGGAAUUGACAAGAUUGAUUCAUUUACUAUUUGAGCAACCCCUUUUUGUGUCAAAUAUUGAGCUUAACAUGAGCUCAUUCAUUUGACAGCCCAAAGAUGGAGUUAAGCAGAUAAGUAUUGAGCUGUGCCCUUUUCAGAAUUUUUAUGAUCUUUUUCAAUUGAAAGAACAAUGGCUGGCCAAGCAUAUAGGCCAGAUUAAUGUUAAGUUUAGUGAUAGCAGAUAAUGAUGAUAUAGAGGAAGAUUCUGUUACCUGUUUGACUGUGUUCCUCUCUGUACUAACACUUUUAUUGAUUGGGGCUGCUUAUUUAUCACAAGAUGAUCUUAUAUUUCUGUUUCCAGUGGCGAGACCUUAGAAGAACCAAAAGUUUCCAGUUUGUUUUUCUGUACGUCUGAGUUGCAUUAUUAUGUAAACUUUUUGGAUAUCUGCAAAAACCAAUACUUGCUAGAAGAAACUCACAGGAAAACAAUAAAUUCCAAUAGCCUGCUUUAUGACAGACUACUCCCCUGCACUCUCUUUUCCUUACCAUGUCAAAGCUAAUACUUACUUCUAGGCAACAUAAACUAUGAAGGAAUAUGAAUUUUCUUGAUUGAACGAUCUCCUGAUUUGGAUCUCCUUCAUUACCAGUAAACAAACCGUUCACUGGUACCAGCUAUAUAUGAUGCUUAUUUUUCAACUUUCCAUCAGUGUAGUUAAACCAAAAUCUCUUGUGGUUUCUUACUUGUUAUUUUGGUCGUACUGCAGUGUCCCUUUACAUUAAUAAAGGACCUUUGAAUAGAUUGACCUUUUUCUGAAAAAAUAGUUUCUUUUACAUUAUUUCUCUGAGACAUUUUGAGCCUUUAUAUUGUCUGGAGCUACUCCUUGUGUUUGCUAAAUGAGAAGAACUUCCUAUUCUUAAAUGCCCACUUUUAACAUUGACAUGAAGUCUAUGCUCUGCAGUUCUGAGCAUAGGACAUAAAUGAAUUGUUCCAAUAGUGGGAACAUACUCGUACUCAUUCAAUCUAGUUUUGAAAAAUUAUCUUGUUUUCUAUGAAGUUGGAAUGACUUUCAAACUAUUCAUAAAUUUAUUAUCCAGAAACCCUGUGUGCCCUUUUUCUAAGGUUCUGCACCACCACACAUUGUUAUUAUUUUAUUUUUUUCAUUCUUUUCUGGAUAUUUUUGUUGACUUUAUUGAUGUAGGACAAUAAGACUAUGUGAGAAAGAAAAUAUUGUGGAGAACUUUUUCUACCUACUUUAUGAGGUAGUCAUCAUGUAUAUUUAUGGUUGAGAAUGUACAAGAGAAUACA